AUGGCAGCCGUUGCCACAGUCGACCGUUGCAACCAGGAGCUUCGGUGCACGCUGGCGCAAACCAAUGAUCGGUUGUUGAUGAACGACAAUCUGGACGAAAAACGCGCCAUGCGUGCCAUGAAGAAGCGGCUUCAGGACCGACUUUACCAACGCAAGCACCGUGCGAAACGAGAACAGCGGAUUUAUAACUUUGAAUACGACGUGCAAGCUCUGAAGCUGAAGAUCGCGCAGCUGUAUCGAGACCUGCAUCACCGCAAAGUGAUGGCAGCAAAUGCUGAUAAUCAACGCCGACAGCGAUCGCAAAUGCAGCAAAAGGCGCUGCAGAAGAAUGCGCAGUCAAUCGUGAUGCAGUUUUUCCGCGUGUUUCAUUUCGGGUACUCGUUACCCUUGGCUGAGCUACAAGAGCGUUUUCUGCGGUCAAUCUUGACGACUGACGUUGUGGGCGCUGAGCUGCACGGUGUCGACGCGUUCGUACACCAGUGGCGUCUUUAUCAUCGGCAUUUCGCACAGUGCGUCCUUGAGCCACGAGCCUGGAAGAUAGAAAGUAUCGGAGACCAAUCCGUUGCAGUUGAGGUCAAAGUGCUACUCUACCUUCGCUUCCGUCACCACAACAUCGAACAGCUCUUCCCCAGUCUUAAAAAGACAAGACCCGUGGAUCUGGACGUCGUGCGGUCCCUCACCGCGGACACUGUGGUCGCCGUUGGUACUUUCGUGUUCACCGUGGAUCGCACCGGCCAUGUGGACAAGCUGAUAGUAAAGCUCCAGCUUUUGGAAACGCUGCGACGAGUGCUCGGCUCCCUAGACAGCGUCGAGCAACUUACGAAAGGUGGAAACCUUGCCCUCAGCAGCGGCACUAUUAUGACCGCGUAG